AUGACAAUUCGAAAAGUGGAUGGUCCAGGAAAGCAUUUUGGACUACAUUUGAGGAUGUCAGUUGAACAAAAUGAAUAUAUAGGUCACAUUUCAUUUUCGGCAGGUUUACGAAUACGGAUUCAUGAUCCAGAUGAACCACCGCUUGUGUCCAGUUUGGGAUUUGCCGUCAUGCCCGGUUCACAUGUCUAUGCAAGUAUAACAAGACGGAGGGUGAGUAUUUUAGUUAAAGAAAAAGUUUAGAUGGAUUUUUAGAUGGAAUUUCCGAACGAAAAUAUAUAUAUAUAUACCGGGUGUCCCAAAAAAAAGUACUCCGGUUUGAUUCGAAAUAACUUCUAAACAAGUAAAGCUUUUAAAGAGAAAUAACUUGCAUCAAAUAGAGGAAGGACUAACUUAGAUUUUGAUAUGUUACAGUUGUAUUUUACUUAAAAAUUCACGGAGAUAUUAAUGUUUAAAAUCGGGAGCAUAUUUCUUGAUGUGUCUGAAAUAUGCCAAAAACAGCGUAUCAAAUAUUAAUCAAGAUUUACCCAACUGAAACAUGCACUAUUACCUGUAAAUAAAUGACACUUGACAAAUUGUUUAUUAUGAAACAAAGUAUUAUUAUCUACAAAAUACAAGUAAGAUUUAUUCGUCCGAAAUCCGCGUGUGUUUCUAGCACGAAUACGUUUCCUUAUUUCAUGAGACCACUGCAUCGCGAAGGAUCGUCAUGGAUCGUUCGUAGUUCUGAAUUAGGGCACGCUGUCACAAUGGAAUUGUGAAUUUUCUAACUUCACAUUGAAUGAAUUUUCUAACUUCUGCAACGUUCUGAAAUCUUGUUAAGAACACCCAAACUCUUUUGCCUUUUCUUAAUCUUGGCAAGUUCAGAAUAAACUGAGAAUGAAACACAAUCAAACCAUACAACUCCAUAAGACAUAACAAGCAACUCCCCAGAGACAUCCAACAUUUUUGGAACAAAACGUAACAAAAUAGUAGCUUUGAUACUGUGAUGUGUAUUUGCAAAAAGCAAUAUUAUUUCCUCCAUUAAAGAACAAUAUUCAUCCUGCUCUAACCGAGAAAUAAUCAACUUUGUUUUGAACCCAUGAAAAACAUAAAAAAUAGGUUAUUUAAGAAAAAUUGAAGCGCCUGCCUUGCAUAUGGUCUUUCAUGUACCUUAAGUUUGCAAAGACCUAUUAAAUACUUACAUAAUUUCGAACGUUCAUAUUUCAGGAAACAAUGAGUUAAGACUUACAUGUAAGAUGUCUAAAUCUACGCCAUAUCCCUUACAAACCCUAACGACAAUUCGCUGAAAUACAAUUUACCCUGAUAUGUCAUUAAGCAAACAAACGCUGGAGUUAAAAUUUGAUACGCCGAUUUUCGCUAAUUUUAGACACAUCCCAAAAUAUGCUCCCGAUUUUGAACAUUAAUAUCUCCGUGAAUUUUUAAGUAAAAUACAACUGUAACAUAUCAAAAUCUAAGUUAGUCCUUCCUCUAUUUAAUGCAAGUUAUUUCUGUUUGAUAGCUUUACUUGUUUAGAAGUUAUUAUAAAUCAAACCGGAGUACUUUUUUUUGGGACACCCAGUAUAUAUAUAUAUAUAUAUAUAUAUAUAUAUAUAUAUAUAUAUAUAUAUAUAUAUAUAUAUAUAUAUAUAUAUAUAUAUAUACAGCUAUUUCAAUUAAGGUUGUACCCGAGCAAAGCCGAAAAGUCGAAUACGAGCGCGAAAGCUGCUGGAAAUCGCUAAGAAAUUAAUUAAUUUAUUAGCGAUUCCCAGCAGCCUUUCGCGCUCGUAUUCGACUUUUCCACUUUGCUCGGGGGACAACCUUAAUUGAAAUAGCUGCAUGUAUACAAUUUUAGAACUAACCGGGAAAGCAACUUUAGGCCCUUGGUCAGGAAUCGAACCAAAUACCUGUUUUAUGUUGAAACGUCGUGCAGUCGUAUCUUUCCAAGCUUUUGAUAAACGUCCUAUUUAAUCAAUAUUCAGAGCUGUGAUCAAUGUCUGUCACAGUCAAACCACUUAAGAAAGAGAAUGAUUCUCUUAAAAAUCAAAUUGAAGUCUUAACUAAAGACUUUCAGAACCUAGAAGAAAGCCUAACGAAGAAAUUCCAUCAACAACAGAAACCUACAACUGGAAAUGGCCGCCAACCUGGCGUGGAUGCUGAGACAGAGAAGCAUCUUGAUCUUUAUAGCAAGACUUAAUGACGAUCUUAGUCGUUUCAAGGCAGACGCAAUUGCUCAAUUACAACAACAAAAGUCUCUGUUGAACGCCCGGUCUGAUCAAGUAGAAGCUAUCGCCUCGGCGAUCGAAGAAAGCCAAAGAUACAGCUAUCGCUACAACGUUAAGAUAACCGGAAUUCCAGACAGGAAACCAUCAGAAUCUGCAAUCGAAACCACUGCGAUAUGUGUUAACCUUUUUAAGAAAUUGGGAAUUGAAGUCUCUGAACGGGACAUCGAUAUUGCUCACCGUGUACCAACCAGAAAUACUCGAGUUGGUCGAAGACCUAUAAUUUGCAAAUUCGUGAGGAGAAUCGUGGAGGAACAGGUUAUGAAUGUACGCAAAAAUGCCUGUAAAGUUCGAGCAGCUGAUCUUGGGUUAAAAGCAGAAGACUCGCUUGAUGAAGCUCGAAUCCUUGACCAUUUGACGCCUCAAGUGCAAAAAUUGCUUGCACAAGCGAAGAAAUUUCAACACCGAAUGGGCUUCAUGUUUUGCUGGGUGAGGAACUUCACCAUUUACUUACGAGAAUCAGAUGAUUCCCAAUCUAUACAACUUGAAACCCUCGAAGAACUGGAAAACCUAAUUCAAAGAGAAAACCGGCCCAACUGGCUCAAGAUAAGUACAUAUUAACCUACAUACGUGAUACGAAACUUUGAUCACAAUAUCUGAAGAAAAUAUUAAUUUAGAAACUGCCAUUUAAUAAUUUAGACGAUAGUUCUUUCAACCUUGUACUUUAUGAAUUAGCCCAUGGGUCAUUAAAUUUUGAUAAUGAUCGAUUUGAGUCCCUACUAUUUAAUCCUAGUGAUCAACCUUUAAUAAACAAUUCGUUUCGUAAUUACCUUGACCCUGAUAAUAAUCUCGCGUUUUGCCCUCCUGUUAGUAACUAUCUCGUAGAGGAAGAAUUUAAUAACGCGGUAACCUCUUUAAACAAAAGUAUUAGUUUCUCUGUAAUGCAUUUGAACAUGAGGAGCUUGCUAAUUUUGACAAAUUCAGAAUUUUGCUAGCUAAUCUGCAAAAAUCAUUGCCUGUACGUGUAAUACUAGGAGUAUCUGAAACCUGGCUUCAGACCAAGUGAGCAUUUCUGGGUACAAUUUUGUUUCUAACCACCGUAAUUCUAAAACUGGCGGAGGAACUGUUCUGUAUUUGCAAGAUAGUUUGAAAUAUAAGUUACGCCCUGGAUGUAUUUUUUCAGAUCCUGAUAUAAUUGAAUCAGUGUUCGUCGAGAUUGAUAUCCCGUAUGGGAAAAACAUAGUCGUGGGCUCAAUUUAUCGACCUCCUAAUCAAAAUGUGUCACUGUUUGUUGACAUAGUUUCUUGGCAUGUUAUGUAAUGGCCGCUUUUAACGUAGACUUGCUUCAUUACAAUAACCAUGCACUUACUCAGGAAUUUAUCGAUAGCUUAUUUUCAUAUGCAUUUUAUCCACUUAUAUGGUGGCCGAGAACUGCCAAUAGUUUUUUCGUAUUUUUUAUUAGGAAAUUUUUUAGAAAUAAAUAUUUUUUUAAAACAUUUUAAAAACACAAUCAAAUUUAAAUUGAAAUUAAAACAAAAGUAAAACAAAAGUUGAAAUGAAAGUCAAAUUAAAAGAAAAUAUAAAUUUAAAGUAAAACAAAUUUAAAAUAGAAUGAAAAUAAUUUUCUUUAUCGGCCGAGCGCUGCCACUUACCAUGAUUCUUUGCGAACCUAAUAAUCGUAUUCUAAUAUACUUCAUGUUAGCUGCCAUAUAGUAGUUCACGGGAAAUUAAAGAUGGCCGACAUCAGGAACGCAAACUACACGAUGAUUCUCUCAAAACAGCAUUGCAAAAAUAUGUUAAGCAACGCCUGAAAGGUCUGAACUUUUAGAUCUUACGAAACAUGAAUUCCCAGAAAUUCUGCGAGCAUCCGUAGCCUCGACAGACGCUUCGAGAUUUUAUAUGAAAUAAAUAUUUGUUGAGGUCGAAGACAUACUGGGUUGGUGGGUCGAAGAUGUAAACAUUGUGAUGGCUCGGAAAGGAACUUAAAGGUCGUGGAAAGUUACUUCGCUACAGAAUACAGGGGCCAUGCAUACAAAGAUCGAAGAUCAGACACUCCAAACAAACCCAGAUGUUUUAACUUGUUUCGCCAGUUCAAUCAACAAGGAUUUUUUCCUUUUUUUGCAGCCAGUUGUAAUAAGAAGAAUGUAUUACGUAUAUAUUGAAUAUUAAUGUCACAUGAUGAUCUGGUAAUGAUAAGAUCUAAUAUGGGGUUAGACAAACGAGUUGGAACCGUUACAUGCUGAAUGAGACUAAACGUUUCUAGAACUUGAAGAAAUUUCCUACUGUUAUAUCGUCAGUGGAAGUUGAAGUCACCGGAUAUAAAUAGUAAUAACUUCCAACCUUACACCCUAUGAUUUCAAAUUGCUUUUAAACUUUCCAUUAAAAACUCAUUAAUAAUUCAUUAGGAAAAUACAAAAGAAAUUAAUGUUUAAUCAAUGUUUAUAAAUCCGAUAAAGAUUUGUCGUGAUUUACAUAAACUUCAGCUUUGAUUUUCUCGGCUUAGACAAUGUUUAUUUUUAAAAUUACUUCGCCAAUGAACUCAUAAGGUGGGUCGUAUUUUAAGCACGUUAUCGCAUCCGAUCUUUAUCUGAUAUACAAGCUCUCGCCUUCGGCUCGAGUUUGUAUAUCAGGCAAAAAUCGGCUGUUCAUGUUUUAACUAGUACUUAUUGUGCGCAAGUCCUGUUUAAUGCGGUUUUAGAAAUAGCUUUCCUGCACUCAAAAAUUUAUUUUCAGAAUAAUUUUAGUGCUAGAGAAAUCAAAGGUGCCCUAAAUGCCCAUAUUUACAUUAUUUUCACAAAUUUUACAGAAUUUUCAAUUUAGUGGCCAUUUCAAAAUUAUCCACUUCUUUAUACACCCUGCAUGUAUAAGAACAAAAUAAUAUUUUUCGAGUGAAGACUCUUCGUAUGGAAGCGUCGAAGUUUGUUCUUAUUUUUCAAAUAGUUCAAUCAUACGCACGCGUAUAAGCGCACAAAUUUUAUUCCUCGCUACCUCACUACAACCCAACAUUUGGCCCUCUUUAAAUUCUUAGUGAUACGGCGCUUAUUUGAGGGCGCCACUUGUUCGAGGGCGGCGUUCUUCAUAAACAACAUAAAAACACUGAAAUGCAGGAGAAAAACGUUCCGAGGCUAGUUAAAGAAACCUCGUACACAGGGCGUUCUCUUUCCGCUGUUGGGAGGUCCGUUGUUGUGAUCGGGGAGCAGCGCUCAAUCGGUUAAACGAGUAAAUACGUUAUAUAUUACUUAUUGUUUAUUAUUAUAUUGUGUUUUUUUUUCAGACAAUUUCUCUCAAAUCUCCAUACAAAACAAUGUGCAAGGAUCAAAAGUUAGUGCCAGGAAUCAAAUCAUACACCAUUGCUGCAUGUCACGACCAUUGCAAGAAAAAAUUCAUUGUAGAACAAUGUAAAUGUCAGGCAUUUUAUAUGAGAG